AUGGCUUCCCCGUAUGAUCCCGUGGCUACGGAUCCACCACUUCUGGAAAGAAGUAGUGAGAUCAAAACUUAUACCACCUCAAAGUUCACUUAUCCCGGCCUGCGUGUCUUCUAUCGCCGACACCAACAAGCCGACCGUCUUCCAAAGUCACCAGCGCCGAUACCACUUCUCGUUUUCAUCCAUGGACUUGGCGGCUCGGUAGCUCAGUUUCACCCGUUGCUCACCAGCUUGACGUCGGUCGCGUCCUGCUUGGCUAUUGAUCUUCCAGGAUGCGGGAGAUCCGAGUUCUCAGUCCGGUCAUGGGAAGCAUAUACCACCGAUGCUCUGGUAGAGCUCCUGGAGACUAUUAUCGAGGACUACCGUGAGAAAGAGGAUGGCCAGGGUGUGGUAUUGAUUGGUCACAGUAUGGGUGCCUCUCUUGCCGCACUCCUGGCGAGCCCGAGACUGCCACCCCAGACUUCACUGAACAAGCACGUCGUUGGGUUGAUUGCAAUCUGCCCCAGCUCAGGCCUUCCAUCCCAGAAGCAGAUCACAAUCUUUAGGGCUCUGCUUUGGAUCCCCGAAUUCAUUUUCAACUUUUGGAGAGCGUGGGACAGGAGAGGCGGAAGCGGGAGUACGAGCGUUAACAGGUUCGUUGGCGCCGAUGCCGACUCCGAAGCAAAGCGACUCCAAGACUUGUACAACAACCAAAGUAACACCUCAGUCUGGCGGCGCAUGGCUUGGGGUUGUCUACCUACUUAUGUCAACGGGGUUGCUCAAGGUGGCAUGCCCUCGAAGGAAACCUGGGAAAAGCUGAACGUGCCAGUUUUCUUGGUGGGAGGAGAAAAUGAUAAAGUGACUCCUCCCAGGGAGGUUGCUAAAGUCUGCGACUUUCUAGAAGACGUCAAGACAAUAUCAGACACAAUUUCACCCGGCACUUCAGUUCUUGCUGAUUCAGCAGCGCCGGUAGACAUCGUCGCAGCGGGAUCCAAGAUUGAUGCCAUGACAAGUUUGGGACAAGGGCACGAAGAUACUCGAGGGUGUGCGGAUCAAGAGCCAGCACACAAGACACGGGUCGCUGAGCCAGAGGAAGGAGCGGACGAUCCGGUGACGCCUACUGAGCAGGCAGCGAGUCUACCGUCUUUGUCUCUCCACCCCGAGAAGGUUGUGCGUUCAAUUAUCAUGGGCAAGCCAGCCACGCACGCCUUACUAUAUACACCAUCAACAGUCCGUAUUCUGGCCGGGCUGAUCUCGGAUUUUAUGGUCGUGCAUAUCACUGGUCGUCUUGCCCUGGGUUGGCAACUGCAGUACCUCUCUCAAGAUGGCAAGUGGGAUGUCAAGAAUCUUCGGAAGUGGCAGGCUGUGGAGCCUGUUUCUGAACCCAUUGGAGGUAUCUUCCGGGCCAUCAAGACAUUGCGCGAAGUGGACGAAGAUCACAGUCCUUCAGAAUUUGUCAAGAAGUGGGUGGGGUCAUCAAGGACGUCAUCGACAUUUCGCACGACAACCCGGUUUACAACCCUCAGGGCCUCGAGAAGGGAGGAAUACAUUACCACAAGUUCCCAACGGUGUCCAAGGUCCCGCCUACGGAUGCGGAGAUCAAGGGCUUCAUUGAGGUUGUUGACAAGAUCCGCGCCGAACAAAAGGAACGGGCGAAGAGAGAGAACUGGGGAGAGGAGUACUAUGUUGGAGUCCAUUGCCAUUACGGCUUCAACAGAACGGGAUUUUUCCUCGUCUGUUACCUUGUUGAGCGAUGCGGCUAUACCCCGGAGGCGGCUAUUGAGCAUUUUGCUAAGAGCAGGCCCAAGGGCAUCAAGCAUGCUCAUUUCAAGGACCGGCUCUAUGUCCGGUACUCUGGUUUGA